GGACGAGGGGUGUUUGCGCAGCCAUGUGGCGAGCGUGAUUGUGAAAGCUUUUCCAACUGGGGGGGUUAAAAAGAGAAUGUAGCCAGUGUGAGAAUGGGGCUUUUCACCAAGAGGAGAUCACAAUGGCCAGAGAAGAUUCGGUGAAGUGUUUGCGGUGCCUGCUUUACGCCCUCAAUCUGCUCUUCUGGUUGAUGUCCAUCACUGUGUUAUGUGUCUCUGCCUGGAUGAGAGACUACUUGAAUAAUGUUCUUACUUUAACUGCAGAAACAAGAGUGGAGGAGGCAGUUGUGUCUACUUAUUUUCCAGUUGUCCAUCCAGUCAUGAUUGCAGUCUGCUGUUUCCUUAUCAUUAUUGGAAUGCUGGGAUAUUGUGGAACAGUGAAAAGAAACCUUCUCUUACUUGUAUGGUAUUUUGGAAGUUUGCUCGUGAUAUUCUGCGUUGAACUGGCCUGUGGUGUUUGGACUUACGAACAGGAAAUUACCGUUCCUGUACAGUGGUCAGAUAUGGUAACUUUAAAAGCUCGAAUGAUCAAUUAUGGUUUACCUCGUUAUCAUUGGCUGACCCAUGCGUGGAAUUUCUUCCAGAGGGAGUUUAAAUGCUGUGGAGUGGUGUAUUUCACGGAUUGGCUGGAAAUGACAGAGAUGGAUUGGCCUCCAGAUUCCUGCUGUGUGAGGGAAUUCCCAGGAUGUUCUAAACAGGCACACCAUGAAGAUCUUAGUGACCUUUACCAGGAGGGUUGUGACAAAAAGAUGUACACAUUCUUGAGAGGAACUAAGCAGUUGCAGGUGCUUCGGUUUCUAGGAAUCUCCAUAGGGGUUACCCAAAUUUUGGCUAUGAUCCUUACAAUUACUUUGGUGUGGGCUCUGUAUUAUGACCGCCAGGAUCCACGCACAGACCAAAUGCUGUCUUUGAAGAACGAUGCCACUCAACACCUGUCAUGUCAUUCUGUGGAGUUAUUAAAACCCAGCCUUACAAGGAUCCUUGAGCAUACUACAAUGGCAAACAGCUUUAACACACACUUUGAAAUGGAGGAACUAUAGUGCAAUCUGCCAGUCUGUGAUUUCUACAAUUUGAAUAUAGACAUCAUUUUGGAUUCUGGACACUGCAUUUUAAGGUAUCAUGGAAAAGAGGGCAUGGAACAAAGAUUUUCUUAAGGACAGUUGUUUUUCUUUUCUCAUAAAACCUGUUAGAGUUGUAAUGCUAAAAAUAAUUAUUUUAUAGGAUAAAUGUGUCCUUCAUUUUUCAUGAGAUUGUAUGUACCAUGAGGAAGAUAGAUCACUAGUCUCAUAAUAGAGUGAAAAAAAUAUGCAGGAAUAAAUUUAGAUCUCCCACCUAUUCACUUUAACAAUUCUGUUAGAUUGAGGAUGGAAGUGUUCAGUGCUGAAAGCCCCACAGAUAUUAGAGGGCUGUAGACAAUCAGUGUUCAACAGUUACAUAUAAUUUAAGUGAUUUUUCCAUUUGAUUUUCAAAUGGAACUGGCAAGCCACAAUUAUUGAACAUGUUGCAUUCAGAUCUGCUUCCUCUGCAGUUAAUCACAGCUAAGAAAACUCUGAACUCGGAUCUUUCAGAAUCUAAAAAAAACCCUUUGAAAAUAUGACAAUCUUAUCAGUUUAAUCCACACAUAGAAUUGCAUGUGAGAAAAAUAAUUCACAGUAGCACUGUGGUUACGGAUACACUGAUGGGAAUGUUCAGCAGUACAUUGUGUACAGAACACUAGGUUCUAUGAUAUAGCAGAUGUAUGGUUUGCAUUUGGAAUGUAGCUAUCAGUGAAAUCCAGGCACGAAAUCCAGUUACUUAACAGUAUAUCACUUCCCAAUACAUGUGUGUAAACUUUGGUUCUUCCCUCUUUUGUUUGUGCAUUACACCACCAACAUCAGUGGAAUUUUAAAAAAAUAUAUCAUAGUCUCAUAUCCUGCAUAUGGUUUGUCCCACAAUAAAGGCACAUGGAACAGCUUAAGGAGAACCCAUGACAACUGUUAUUACUAAAUAAUGGUGGUAAUUGCCACUAAAAGAUCAGGGAUAGAUAUGUAUAUAAUAAAGUGUGUGUAUGUACAAUAGAAUUGCUAUCAGUAUGGAAAUCUGGAUUUUUGUAAAGAGAAUAAUCUUAUUUUAGCAUCACUUUAGCUUAAGGAAAUAUGUGAAUCAUUUAAUUUUUAAUGAUUUAUUAAUUUUCAAAUUAAAUUAUGUGGACUGAAGAAAAAAUACAUAUUAAUACCUAACUAUUUGUUAUAUGUGACAGCUAUGUGGGUUGUUUGUAUAUGUCUAAGCAUGUGUAUGUGUGUAUAUGUGUAUGUAUGUGUGUAUAUGUGUAUGUGUGUGUAAAUGAUUCAACUUUAAGGAGAGAAUUCUAUCCAUUUGUUAGUUUGCUGAAACUCAAGUUACUAAAGAGGAAAUCUAUAUUGUCUCCAAAGAAAAGCUCCUUGUAAAAAUAUUCCAACUUUUCUCCUACCCUACUUAUUUUUCAGUAAGAAAUUUGGAAGAUGAUUUCCCCAGUUAAUUGUCCCACUGAAAUCAGUGAGAAUAAGGCUUAUUUAACUUUGCUUAGAUUUUAUACUUAGCUUUCUGAAAACAUAUAUUAAUGUGUGAUUUGGCUCAUUUGAAUACCACGGAAGUAUUUCUUUUGUAGGAAUUUUUCUAUGGAUCCCCUAGCUGCUGCAUAUUUUCAUCAGAAUUUGAAUAUUUGAUUGGGGGGGGGGAGACUAGUGGAUGCCUAGCAGUAAGUACAUACUUUGAAUGGAUACUCUUUUGUAUUAUUUCAGUUCUGUAAUCAGGUCAGACAUAAUGCUGCUUGGAGAAACAUGAUUUGUUACAGUAUAACCAGACAACGGCUAUAUCUGUAUCUUCAUUUUACCCUUCUUUAUUAAUCAUAGCUUAAAAGGAAACGGCAUACUUUGUUGAGUUUUUCACUGUCUCCAAGAAGCUGAAAUUUAAAUACAGUCUACAAAUCAGGAUUGUAAAUCAAAGUUUCAACUUUAAUUUGCAAACCAAGAUUCUAGAGACCAUGCAAACAGCAUUUUCCACUUUAAUCAUCAUGGGAAAUUGUAAUUUAAUAAAACUGUGAUUAAGUAAACCCAGAAAUUUCCUUACAAGCUGAGCAUCCAAAGAGGCAGAAGGGGAAAAUGAAAAACCAGAGGUUGAUCUCAUGACAAUAAUUAUAUCUGCACUUUUGAUUCUGUAAGUACACAACAUGGACUAGCUGAUCUGUAGGCUAAACAACAGGCUAUUUUGAAAAACUAUGUUUUUUUCUUCUACUUAGAGAAUAUGCAUGGGAGCCAAUCCAAAUUGGGAUUCUGAAUGUGGGUCAGAAAAUAGAUUAAACUAUUUGCUCAUGUAAUAUUCUGAUUUGAAUAUCUUGAUCUCAAAAAGAGGUUCAAUAGAUAACUUUAAUAAAUUACCUUUUGGGAAUUAAAAUGGAAAGAAUGAGAAACAAUUUUUCACCACAACAGAAAUCAAAGCAUCCUUUUAAAUAUCCUGAUUCCAAUUGGAUUCCUUGUGCAUAUGCCAUAUAAAUCUGCUAACUUUAAUUUUAAAGUAAUAUGUAAGUUUGUUCUUAUUUAUUCAAUUAAAGAUAGCAUCUUUAUAGAUUGCAAGAAAAACCUAUUUUCCAUAUUGAAUACUGGAUGGCUUAAGUUCCCACGAGACAACUUAUUUAUUGAAUUCUGAAAAGUGCAUCUUACUGUAUUUUAUAUGUGCUAUAGGAUUAUUUUUUUCAUCUAGCUGUAUUACUGUUCUGCAUUUUAUAAGCAGGCAGUUGAAAUUAUUGUGUCUCCUGAGAGAUAUAGUCUGGUUGUCAAAAUUAGAUAUCCCCCCCCCGCCCCCGUUGUUCUUUGCAAGGUGAAAAUAGAAAAGGACUGGGCUGAAGCAAAUGUUUGGAAACUUAAGUGAUUGACCAUGUGCUUUACCUCUCAAGCAAGAUAUAUUGAACUUGUGAAGUUCUUUUAUUCUUAUUCAAUUCCCAUUAGUAGCAGCAAAGGAUGAAAGUGCCAGGGAUAAAUGGAAGCUUGUACUCUUGUGAUUUUUUUAAAUAGUCCUAGCUUGCCCUGGACUUCAUUUUGGGCAAGGAAAACAAAGCCCAAUGUGAUCAACAAUAAAACCACUACUGUCAUAUAUU